AUGGACGACCGUGGCAAACUGCACUGGUUCUUAGGAAUGCGAAUUCUACGAUCUCACGACAAGAUUACCGUUGACCAAAAGAAAUACAUCGAAUCUGUUCUUCAACAAUUCAAUAUGAGUGAUUGUAAAGCAGCAGCAACGCCUGGAGAAGUAAAUCUGAAGCUAAUCAAAAGCAACGACGAUCAGAAGUUAGUCGAUGCGAAGUUAUACAGAAGUUUAGUUGGAUCAUUACUAUUUAUUGGUAAACAAACCCGUCCAGAUAUCCUUCACAUUGUUAAUCAGCUAUCAAGAUUCCUAGAUAAACCAGACAUUUCACAUUGGAAAGCAGCAAAGCACGUAUUAAGAUAUCUUAAAGGAACUAUCGAUUUACAAUUAACAUUCUUGAAGAAUUCCAAUCUCGAUAUCGUUGGUGAUUCAGACGCAGAUUGGAGUGGUGAUCUCAAUGAUCGCAAAUCAACUACAGGAUAUUACUUCAAAUUUGAAGGGAACGGAGGUGCAAUCAGCUGGGAAGUGAAGAAACAGGCAACUGUAGCACUUUCGUCAACGAAGCCGAAUAUCAAGCUAUGGCGGCAGCUGUACAAGAAGCAAUAUAUCUACGAGCACUAA